AUGGGAAUCAAUGGAGAAACAAUCGUAUGUAUUCUGGCCCAUCCUCGAGGUUCGAUGCCAGUCAAGGUCGGCCAUCCAUCGGAAGACGUGCACAAAGUCUUCGAUGGUGAAGUGGUCGAAGAAAUGACGGAACAGAGCCUUCGGCUCGACGAUAUGUCUCAGGUUGACCUCGCUGGUCUCGAUCGCUCGGACUAUGUACUCCUGCGAGGACAAUGA